AUACAUCAGUCACUCACCAUCAGCCGCAGCAGCUCAACCUACUCAAGUCUUAACUCCCAGAUUCCAAGGAAUAUACAACAAUACUACAACCUCAACAUGAACUUCUACAAGGUCUUCAUCUUUGUUGCUCUUAUCCUGGCCAUCAGCAUGGGUCAAUCCGAGGCUGGUUGGCUGAAGAAGAUUGGCAAGAAAAUUGAACGUGUUGGCCAACACACACGAGAUGCCACCAUCCAGGGCUUGGGCAUCGCUCAGCAGGCUGCGAACGUAGCCGCCACAGCCAGGGGCUAAACCUAUAAAGAAUUCCUUAAUUAUUGUAGAAAUUAUGUACAUAUAUUUAUUUCAUUAUCAUAAGACAUUUUUAAUAAACUUAUAAUAAAAUCAAAAAACGAUAA